UUCAUUAGUUACUCCUCAACUUCCGUGACGACAACUUAAUACAACUUAUAAAUUUAACUUAAAUUAUUAAGCUAACUUAAAGUACUUAGCGAUGGCUCUGUGGACGCCUUACGCUGAAAAUACGGCGUUAGAUCUAACAGUGAAGUGCAAAUCGGAGCGGAUAUCUCCCGAACCGUACCAAACUAUACCGGAGUAUCAACAUUAUGAAGAGACAGUGUACCAGCACAGUGCUUAUCCUUAUAUGGGUUACCCAGUCUACGUGCCCAUUGGAGAAACGCCUGUAUCGCCGGUGUCUUCGUGUACAAGCUAUCCUAAAUCCAUCAGCCCUCCGAGAAGUGGAUUGAUCUCGCCUCCAGAAUCUCCUGUAUCGGUCAACGAGAGAAAACGCCCGAGCUACAUGAUGGAUGUGGAUAUUUUAUCCGAUGAUCCAGAUUUCCAGGCGUUCGAAAGGGACGCUCUGAGAGCUAUGGCGGAGAAAAAUGGUGGAACUCUACUGGGAAACAAUCCACGCAUGCGUCGCGCUGUCCAGACGAGCCAAGCGGCUGACGAUUCGUACAGAAAACAGAGGGAGAGGAACAAUUAUGCGGCGAAACAGAGUAGAGAUAGAAGAAAGCUGAGAGAAAUCCAUUUGGCGUUGAAAGUGACAUAUUUGAAGAAUGAAGUCGCCAAGUUAAAGAGUUUAUUAGGAAAUAGAGCAUGCGCGAGAUGUCGCCAACCUUGUGUUUGUUAGAAUAAUUACUUUAAGUUAUAAUAAGUUGUAUUUAUAAGUUUUUAUUUAUGUUAGUAUUUAUUUUAAUGUAACGAGUCAAGUUAGAGUGCAAUUUUGUAAAUAUUAUUAUUGUAUAAUAAUUUAUUAAAAUAUAUCUUUAAUAAAAGA